AUGCCUGCUCCCACCGCCCUCCAGCGCCGCCCCGAAGAACUGGCCGACAAUGUCGCCCUCGAAGCCUCGUCCGUCUCGCUGCCCACCGAAUCCGACGGCGACCUCAUCUCCAUGAGCAUCGACCCCGUUGACGCCCCCAACACAACCUCGGAUGCGCCCGAAGAAGAUAUGCCCAUGGUCGACGAGAGCGGCAAGCCCAAGUUCCCCGCCGCUAAGUCGAUACCGCUCGCCUUCCGCCGCGAGCAGCGCAAGGUGCCCAUUCCGCCGCACAGGAUGACUCCCCUCAAGAACUCGUGGCCCAAGAUUUACCCGCCGCUUGUCGAGCACCUCAAGCUUCAGGUCCGCAUGAACACAAAGAGCAAGAGUGUUGAGCUGCGCACAUCGAGCGCCACCACCGACACGGGCGCUCUGCAGAAGGGAGAAGAUUUCGUCAAGGCUUUUACUCUUGGUUUCGACACAGACGACGCUAUCGCGCUACUCCGACUAGACGAUCUGUACAUUGAGACAUUUGAGAUCAAGGAUGUAAAAUCGCUCUCGGGUGAACAUCUCAGCCGCGCCAUUGGCCGUAUCGCCGGCAAGGACGGCAAGACCAAAUUCGCCAUUGAAAACGCUAGCAGAACACGAAUUGUUCUCGCAGACCAAAAAAUUCAUAUCCUUGGCGGCUUCAAGAACAUCCACAUUGCCCGCGAGUCCAUUGUUAGCUUGAUCCUUGGACAGAACCCCAGCAAAAUGUACGGCAACCUGCGGACUAUUGCAGGCAGGAUGAAGGAGAGGUUUUAG